AUGAUUUCAAAAAGUCAUCAAAAAAGCACAAAACCCCAAACCCCCAGUGAACAAGUCGCCGAGGAGGCGACCGCGAAUCCGUUCGCGAAGGGUGGUCUAUCCAGAUCUCCCCAACACAGUGAGCCGAACAAACGGCUGAAAUCUCCACGCGACGCAGAGACAACGGCCGAGAUCGGUGGACAGCCGGAGGAGCAGCCGAAGGACUGGCCCGGGUUAAUCAGAACCAUGAAUAGCUUUGGGCCCCUCCCUAGGUUGCUUGCAAUCGCGGGACAGCUCGACGCCAUCAUAGAGUUCACGAGCACGAAGAGCAACAUCGCGAAGGACCUAAAGCAGGCCUUGCGACAGCUCCGUGCAACCGUAAACGAGGCCCAGGACGACCACGAGCGGCUUAGGAAGCGACUAGAGGUCGCAGAGAGGGCGGAACAGAAGGAGCCGAAGUCUACCCAGACGGACGCCUUCAACUUGGCGGGCAACAACACGAUGUCCAGCGAGGCCCUCCACUUUGCCGUUACGCAGGGACAGAAGCGCGAUCGGCCCUCACCCUCGUUAGUAAAGGGCGCGGCACGCCCUAAGAGACGGAAAGUCUCUGCACAGGUGGAAUGUGUGGCGGUGGCCCAUCAGUCCACUGCAUCAGUGGACGUACCGCAAAAGAGGGCUGGAAUAGCCAAUAGAAAUUCAGUUAUGAAAAGUAGUGGCUCCAAGGGCGGGAAGCAGGGCAGUAAGAAGGGCGCCCCCCCGAAACCCCCGAAAGCCCCGAAACUCCCGGACAAAACUGCCCCCAAGAGCAGUGCUGCCCGGAACAGGAACAAGGGCGAAACUCUCAUCUUCAAGACGGAAGCGUCGAAAUACGCGGAAGUCUUGAAGAAAAUGAGAACGGACGAGCGCCUUGUGGAGAUGGGCAGCAACGUGAGGAGCAUCAGGCGCACUCGUACAGGCGAGAUGCUCCUGGUGCUCAAGCGUGGUGCUAAAGACCAGGGACCAACCUACCAGAAACUGGCAAAGGAGGUCGUUGGUGCUGGGGUGCAGGUGAAGUCGCUAGACUCGACUACCACCAUCCAGGUCAAGGACCUGAACGAAGUGACGGAGGCGACCGAGAUAGUCACGGCGCUCCGGGAACAGUGUCAAGUUGAGCAAAAUUUUAAUUAUUUUGUAAAAUCGGAGUCGAAGCCGGAUUUGAAGCCGGAUUUGAAGCCGGAGUCGAAGCCGGAGUCGAAGCCGAAGUCGAAGCCGGAGUCGAAGCCGGAGUCGAAGCCGGAGUCGAAGCCGGAGUCGAAGCCGGAGUCGAAGCCGGAGUCGAAGCCGGAGUCGAAGCCGGAGUCGAAGCCGGAGUCGAAGCCGGAGUCGAAGCCGGAGUCGAAGCCGGAGUCGAAGCCGGAGUCGAAGCCGGAGUCGAAGCCGGAGUCGAAGCCGGAGUCAAAGCGGGAUCACUGUGAAAGUUAA